AUGUCUGAUAAUCUUGAGGAGAAUGCUUCCAUGGCACACACUCCUUCGUCAAAUGCCUCUACACAGAAUCUUUCUGAUGAUUCAUCCAGUUGCUAUUACUUGCAUCCGUCUGAUAAUCCUGGUGUGCUUCUGGUUUCCGAAAUAUUCACUGGUGAGAAUUACAUUGCAUGGAGUCGAUCUAUGUCAAUUGCUCUAACAGUGAAAAAUAAAAUUGCCUUUGUUGAUGGAUCUCCGGUACAACCUAUCACUAAUGAUCCUUAUCUUCGUGUUGCCUGGCUAAGAGCCAACAAUCUUCUCCUGUCUUGGCUAAUGAAUUCAAUUGCUAAAGAAAUCCAUGGUAGUCUUCUUUAUUUUACAAAUGCUUUUGAUAUCUGGGAAGAACUGAGAGUUAAGUAUCUUCGAAGUGAUGGACCAAGAGUUUUCUCUUUGAAGAAAUCUUUAAGCUCUAUUUCUCAAAACUCGAAAUUUGUCACUAAAUAUUUCAGUGAAUUCAAGGCUUUAUGUGAUGAAUACAUCAGCUACUGA